CGCAGCUACCUCCACACGGCUGCGCAUCCCUGGACGGAGCUGUCAGGAAAACUCAAAAGAAGCAAGAGACGCGCUGGUACGUGUGGGGAACUGCUUUCGAGAAAACACGGAUCUCCCCCAAGACCGAAGCUCGACAGCCUACAUCUUCCUCUGUGUAGCCAUCACCGCUGUGCAAGGACUAUGUUGAUGAAGGAGUACCGCAUCUGCAUGCCUCUCACAGUGGAGGAGUACAGGAUUGGCCAGCUGUAUAUGAUCAGCAAACACAGUCAUGAACAGAGUGAACGUGGGGAGGGGGUGGAGGUUGUCCAGAACGAGCCAUACGAAGACCCUGAGCACGGAUCAGGCCAGUUCACCGAGAAACGAAUCUACCUCAACAACAAGCUGCCCAGUUGGGCCAGAGCAGUGGUCCCUAAAAUUUUCUAUGUCACAGAAAAGGCUUGGAACUAUUACCCGUACACUGUCACAGAGUACACGUGCUCCUUCCUGCCCAAGUUUUCCAUCCACAUAGAGAGCAAAUACGAGGACAACAAAGGGGACAAUGAUAAUAUCUUUAGCAGCGAGCCCAGAGACGAGGAAACGCAGGUGUGUUUGGUGGACAUCGUCUAUGAUGAGAUCCCCGAACGCCACUACAAGGAGUCGGAGGACCUGAGGUAUUUUAAGUCAAAGAAGACUCCCCGAGGCCUCCUGCAGGAAGGAUGGAUCAACAACCAAGAGCCCAUCAUGUGCUCCUACAAACUGGUCACAGUCAAGUUUGAAGUCUGGGGCCUGCAAACACGUGUGGAGCAGUUUGUACACAAGGUGAUUCGAGAGGUCCUGCUUUUAGGACACAGGCAGGCCUUUGCCUGGGUGGAUGAGUGGAUUGACAUGACCAUGGAGGAAGUCAGAGAGUACGAGCGGGCCACACAAGAGGCCACCAACCUGAAGAUCGGCACCUUUCCCCCUGCCAUCUCCAUCUCAGAGACCCCCCUGCCAUCAAGCACCCGCAGCGGCCCUAACAGCGCCCCAUCGACUCCCCUCUCCACUGAAGCCCCAGAGUUCCUGUCAGUGCCAAAGGAGCGUCCCAGGAAGAAAUCAGCUCCGGAGACCUUGACCCUGCCGGAUCCAGGCCGCAGGGAUUCACUCUUUAAACUGCCCAGCUUUUUCUCCUGGAACUCCAGUCCGCAGCCAGAAUGAGAGCGGGGCUAUGCCACUGGGGAACACCCUCGGUCUGUGGAUCAGUGGAGGAUGCCUGGCCAGCACAUCCCACAAUGCCCCCUCAGCCAGCUGAAGUGAAGGAGACUUUUCACCGUCCGGGUGAUCCCAGCCCCCUCAGCCGACUCGCCGGUGUUACCGCAAAAGCCAACAGCUCUCAGACUGCCUUUACAGGUACAGACAGGCAGCCUGAUCUCCAUAGCAAAAAGCCCUGCAAGGUGUAAAGGUAUAUGUAGUGCGUCUAAAAGCUGCUGGAGGCUCCUCAUUCUUCUCUCCUCCUCAGACAAGUCAGCACCAUGCAUCACACAGUAUCAAGUCCAAUUAGUACGAUUGAGUGUAGCAUACAUUCCUGAAAAUGUUUUAUCCCACAGAUUAUCACCUUGCUUUUCUGUGCUGACAGGAUAUGUUGAGAUUCAGUCACACUUAACUUAAUACUUAACAUGUACAGAAUGUAAUUGUUUUUUUCUGAUUCAGAGUCUCUGGUUUUGUCCACAGGAGCUUGUGGUUUGACGUAUCUGUUUAUGUGGUUGGGACUUUUCAACAGAUUCUUGUUGGCCACUGUAUCAGUUAAGUAUUAUGGUUUUCACAGUCAGGUGUAAGGGUAUUGUGUAUUCUUGUAUAUACUGUAUGAAUAUUGUUUAACAGGUAAAAUGUCAGUACUUCAAAAAGAAUAUCAUAUCCAGUGAUGAUGCUGCUAUGAAAUUGCUCUUGUGUUUUAAAGAACAGGACUCAUAUCUUCUUUAAGUGUUUAUUAUAGUGAGUUCUGUCAGCCAAAGCAUCUGUAAACUACUUGUGUAAUUGCAUGGUUUUAACUGCAGAGGCUGCUUUUAAAUAUUAAAUGUUCUCGGUUUUCUCUGG